UUUCAGACGACGCUGUCAUUAACCCUCAGUUGGCCAAAAUCUUCGAGCGAGUUCGACAGAGCGCUGACUUCAUGCCCCCCGGACAGAUGAUGAAAGCCGUGAGCAGCGACCUCGGUCCUGAUUGGAGGAGCCGUCUGGAGUUCUUCGAGGAGAAACCGUUCGCGGCGGCAUCGAUCGGGCAAGUCCACGCCGCCAGGAUGAAGGACGGACGGGACGUCGCCAUGAAGAUACAGUACCCCGGCGUGGCUCAGAGCAUCGACAGCGACGUGAACAACAUCAUGACGGUCCUGAAGCUCAGCAACAUGCUGCCUGAGGGUCUGUUUCCGGAGCACAUGAUCGAGGUGAUGAGCAGGGAGCUCGCUCUGGAGUGUGACUACAUCCGAGAGGCCGAGUGCGCCAGGAAGUUCCA